AUGGACGAAGCCUGCUCAUGGUUGGAUUACUUUAAACACGAAGGCCUGAGACUUGCAUGGGAAAAUGGCUACAGACACGUUUAUCUCCAGUUUGAUUGCCUUGAGGCAGUCCCUCUCGUAAAUGACGAUCACUAUGCAAAUUGCUCCUUGGUCCAAUCAAUCAACCAUAUUAGGGAGCGCCAAUGGACAAUAAGAGUCGAAUGGAUCCCUCGAGAAGCAAAUAGGAUCGUAGAUGCCCUUGCUCACUCCCAAAUUGAUAUUCUUGCUGGUAUGUACGUUUACACAGAACCCCUGGUGUCUAUCUUGGAUCUGCUUAAUCGUGAUUGCUAUGCCCCUUACAUGAGAGCUUAA